AUGCCUGACCCUUUAGCAGUGUCUCAGGUUGAAGACAGGAGACUUACAGUCUCCAGUUCAUCAAGUAUCGAUGAUCAAGAAGCAGUCUCCACAGAGCUGGCUUUGUUCAUCAAUGAGUUCAACCUUACCACUAGCAGUUCUCUGGGAGGCAUGCCAAUGAAUCCCCCCAAAAUCAUUCCACCAUUCACUCGGUCUGCCACUUCAUCUUACUUGACAGAAUUUGACACUGUGGCCACAACCCGAAUUGCACCCAGCAUUCAGACCAACUCGGCUAGGCCCACUGCCACUCCUAGCUCCACUUUGUGGCUUCAAAGUGUCACAUUAUCAGACCAGGCCAGUGCCUAUGCUGAUCCAGAACCUAGAGUGUCAACCCAACGUCAUCUCCCAUUAACUCAAGCAAACCUGGAAUGGUUGACAUCAUCUUCAUUGAGUAGAGUACCUGACACUCAGGGGGUUGCCACAUGGGCAGGAAGUGAGUCAGCACUUUCAUCGUUUGUGAAGGUGCAUACAGAUUUGGGGCCCAACAAAGUUGAAGUUAUUGUUCUCAUUUGCAACUAA